AUGGAGGCGAGUCCAAGGCUGUCAAAAGCGGCAGCACAGCCACAGGUCUACAAAAACAUCAACCUACGACAACUCACCAUUCAUCCCCUCGCUUCGUUGAGAAGGUACAAGGAUCUCAUGGACCUUUCUCUUGCUGCAGGAAACAUAGAGGUUCACUAUGUCCGUGGAAUCCAGGAGUACUUCCACAAAAACAAUACCACGGUGGGUCUGUCCCAUCUCAAAAUCGCAGCUCAAGGUUUGUAUGAAAACGGAAUCUACCUUUACGGAAUGAUUAUGUUAUGCAGAGGACAAGAAGAGGAAGGAAAAGCAAUGGUGGAGAAGCUGGGUUGGAGACAGAACAUGGGCUGCAUAGACAAGUGCUGGAAAAACAUUAAGCGUUCCCUCCAUGGAAUUAAAGUAACAACCCUUGACAGUUACCUUACUGCAUACGAAACAACAAGGGAGACAAUCAACUGUCACCGUGAGGACAUCAACAUCCGCUGUGCUACGUGUUUCUACUUUAAGCAGAUCACCAAAUUUGUUUCGUUAUUUAAUUAUGUUAUGCAGUUCCAUGUUUUCAUUCCCCUUAUACACUCCAUCAAUCUUAAUAAAUUUAGUCCAUUUACCAAUCUCCGAUGA